UCAGUAGCUAAAGGAAAAAAAACAGCCGCUUCCGUGUUGUUCUUGUGUUAUUCUGGCAAAUAAACUCUCGUUAGCGGCGUCGAGGCUCGUCUGACAUCCCCGCCGGAGUGUGACUAUCAUGGUUUUGUGAAGCUGACGGACAAUUUCAGCUUUUUUUCGGCCGAGAUGUCGCUGCUGCAGAGCUCAAAGAAAAAAGACAAGCGUAUUUUGUCGGGUACCUGCCCAGACCCGAAAUGUCAGGCGAGGCUUUUCUUCCCCGCUCACGGCUCCAUUAGCAUCGAGUGCACGGAGUGUGGUCAGCGGCACGAGCAGAAGAACCUGCUGAAUGUCGAGGAGGUGACCGAUCCAGAUGUGGUGCUUCACAAUCUGCUCAGGAACGCCCUGCUCGGCGUCACCGGGGCCCCCAAGAAAGGGACAGAGCUGGUGAAGGUAAUGGGGCUUUCUAACUACCACUGCAAGCUUCUGUCCCCGGUGCUCACCAGGUACGGCAUGGACAAACAAACCGGCAAAGCCAAGCUGCUCAGAGAAAUGAACCAGGGUGAGAUGUUUGACUGCUCACUGCUGGGGGACAGAGCCUUUCUGAUAGAGCCGGACCAUGUGUCCACCAUGGGCUACGGCAAGGACCGGUCAGGGAGCCUCAUUUACCUGCAUGACACUCUGGAGGAGGUCAAGAAGGCCAAUGGCAACAGAGAGUGUCUCAUUCCAGUCCACGUAGAUGGAGACGGGCACUGCUUGGUCCACGCCGUGUCCCGAGCCCUGGUGGGCAGAGAACUGUUCUGGCACGCCCUGAGAGAGAACCUGAAACAGAACUUCAAGCAGAACCUGGACCGCUACAAGGCCCUCUUUCAGGACUUUAUUGAUUCUGCAGAGUGGGAGGAUAUCAUCAAUGAGUGCGACCCCCUGUUCAUCCCACCUGAAGGCGUGCCGCUUGGACUGCGCAACAUCCACAUAUUUGGUUUAGCCAACGUCCUCCACAGACCCAUAAUCCUGCUGGACUCCCUGAGUGGGAUGAGGAGUUCCGGAGACUAUUCGGCCACCUUCCUGCCCGGGCUGGUGGCUGAGGAGCAGUGCAGGGGGAAAGAUGGGAAGCUAAACAAACCCAUCUGCAUCGCCUGGAGCAGCUCCGGCAGGAACCACUACAUCCCCUUGGUAGGAAUCAAGAAUACGGUGCUGCCCAACCUGCCUGCUCGAUUGCUGCCAAAGGCAUGGGGCGUCCCUCAGGAGCUCAUCAGGAAGUACAUCAAGCUAGAGUCAGAUGGGAGUUGCGUGAUUGGUGGCGACCGUAGCUUGCAGGAUAAGUAUCUGAUGAGGCUGGUCAACGCCAUGGAAGAGGUUUUCAUGGAGAAACACAGCAUCCACCCGUCACUGGUGGCAGACGUACAUCAGUACGUCUACAGACGGACCGGUGUGAUCGGCAUCCAGCCCGAGGAGGUGACAGAGGCAGCCAAGAAGUCAGUGAUGGAGAACCGGCUGCACCGCUGCCUGAUCUGUGGUGCUCUCUCUGAGCUCCACGUCCCUCCAGAGUGGCUGGUUCCUGGUGGAAAGCUCUACAACUUAGCCAAAUCCACACACGGCCAACUGCGGCCAGACAAGAACUACAGCUUCCCCCUCAACAAUGUGGUCUGCUCGUAUGACACCCAGAGAGACGUCCUGGUCCCAGAUUACAAACUGAGUUCCCUCAACACCUGCAACUGGUGUCACGGCACGUCAGUCCGCCACAUACGAGGGAACGGGUCGGUGGUUUACCUGGAUGGGGACAGAACAAACACCCGCUCUCAGGGCGGGAAGUGUGGGUGUGGCUUCAAGCAUUAUUGGGAAGGGAAGGAGUAUGACAACCUGCCCGAGGCCUUCCCCAUCACGCUGGAGUGGGGGGGCCGGGUGGUGCGUGAGACAGUGUACUGGUUCCAGUAUGAGACUGAGCCGGCACUGAACAGCAAUGUGUACGAUGUGGCUAUGAAGCUGGUCACCAAGCACUUCCCAGGGGAGUUUGGCAGUGAGAUUCUGGUGCAGAAAGUGGUGAACACCAUCUUGCAUCACACCGCUAAGAAGAACCCGGAUGAAUACAAUCCAGUGUCCAUUGACGGGGCUCACGUGCAGCGUCUCACCGACACCACAGAGACUCCGCAGGUGGCAGAUCCCCAGCCUCCUACUAAGAUCAUCCUGACAGGUCAGAAAGCAAAGACGCUUCACAAAGAGGAGCUGACGAUGAGCCGGGCGGAGCGCAGCAUCCAGCAGAGCAUCAGCGAGCAGGCCUUCGUCACUCAGAAGCGACGGACUGACAAACUGAAACAGGAGCAGAAGGGCCACGGCCGGACAUCUUCCCCCGGUGGGUCUCCAGAAACCUCCUCCUCCUCAGCUCCAGCCACGCCCACCAAAUCGUCCUCCCCGUCUUCAUCGAGUAAGGAGAAGAAGAUCCGUGUGACCACCAGUGACGGCAGGCAGGCCAUGCUGACCCUGCAGGCCCACACCACCUUCUCAGAGCUGCAGAGGAGCAUCACAAACCAGUUUGGUGUGCUGCCGGCGCAGCAGUGCAUCCGAUAUGGCUUCCCACCCAAAGAACUGAUCCCCCCGAAGGACGGCGAGGAGAACGAGCCGGUGGCGUUGCAGCAUGGCGACAGGGUGACGGUGGAGAUACUGAGGGGCCCUGAGGACAAGAACCCAGCGGCCUCCAUACCCCGAGCAUCCAGCUCACACUCCGGCCUGCACUCGGUGAAGAGCGAAGACGCCGUGACGUCCAGCAGGAUGAGCAGCCGGGAACUCCAGGACAGCAUCGACCUUGAGAUGUCCUCCCUCUGUCUCCUAGCAACUUUGAUGGGUGAAGACGUUUGGUCGUACGCAAAGAAGCUGCCGCACUUAUUCCAGCAGGGUGGUGUCUUCUACAACAUCGUCAAGAAAGACAUGGGCCUGAUGGAUGGGAAGCACUGCACGCUGCCUCACCUGGCGGGGAAAACUUUCGUUUACAACGCAGCAGAGGAGCGUCUGGAGCUCUGUGUGGACGCUGCUGGUCACUUCCCGGUCGGCCCAGACGUGGAAGAGCUGGUGAAGGAGGCGCUGGUGCAGCUCCGCUCGGAGGCGGCUUCCAGGGGCAGCAGAGAGGGGAGUCCCUCUCACGGCGUCCUGCGGUUGGGUAGCGGUGGCGUCGUCCGCAAGAAGGAGCAGCUACAGAGCGUCACCGCCUUCCAGGGUAAAGGCCACUCUCUGGGCAGCGCCGGAGGCUCCUCCCCUCCCGAGCACCGGCCUAUCACACGCCAGCACAGCAGCGGCGUGGACCUGAGCGCCAGCGUUUCCCGAGGACCCCCUGAUCUGUCGGACAUCCCAGAGGAUGCCACCAGGGAGCUGGUCCGCAUGGCUCCGGGUUUCGUCACCAUGAAGGACGGUCGCGGCCUGGACCCCAGCCUGAUGGAGCAGCAGCGGAGGAAGCUGCAGGAGAUGGUUUCGUCCAUCCAGGCCUCCAUGGAGCGCCACCUGAGAGAGCAACAGAACACCGCCGCCGCAGGGGGCGGGGCCAGCCACGACCGGACAGGUGGGACUAAGAAGGCCACGAUCCAGCCAGCGUCUACAGCCGAACCUGUAGCUGCAGCGGGUGUGACGGCGGCCGGCAAACCAGACGAGAAGGCGGAGGAGCCGGAGGAGAUGGAUAGCCAGGAUGCCGGGCAGAGCAACGCCACCGAACCCAUGGAUCACUCCUGAUCAGUCCUGAGCCCCAGCACCGCCCCGCCCUCUCCCCGCCUGGCCGCCAUCUGUGGGUCAUAUCGCCUCAGGUCGGAUCUCAAAGCUUUGGUCUUCAUCGUGUUGCGUUGUCUUUACUGCAUGACUAAAGAGCAGGUCGACCGUCCUCUCCGCUGCAGACUCCAGGUGGGACAAUAAUCAGUAAGGCGAUAUACUGCAACACACCGUCUGCAAUAAAUCAUCAAUAGUCACAGAUCAAUACUGAAGCUGUGGCUGUGUGUGUGUGUUUACACUGUACGCACUUUGCUACACACCCUCACCUCAGCUGUGGAUGCAACUCUGUUAAUAAUCAAAACAGUAAAUGAUUGGUUCUGGCUUUUAAAGCAAAUUAUUUUGCCUCAUUAGAAUAAGUUUUUCUCUUGGGUUGGUGAUGUUUUGUAAACGACUGUCUUGCAGUAUAUCGCGGUCGCCUGUUCGGUGACAGGAUUGCUUUAGCUCUGUGAUUCCCACCUGCAGAUGUGUAAUCCUCUCGCUAUAAACAAGCACCGACGUCCGGGGAGGACGAACCGGUCGGAUUCCCGUGUGAGACGCAUUCCUGUAGAUAGAAGAAUCCUCUGAGUCUUAAUCCGCCACCAGGUGAGAGCUGCUGGCUGCCGGCAGCGUAGCGUCCUGCAACCAUGCUUCCAUCAAAGUGCACACUCUGAAGAGUGCACUGGCCUCUGUACGCAUCAACGCCUUCAUCACCGAAAUCUGCUUUUCCACCGUCUGGUAGUCUGAGGAGCGCAGGGAGAACUCUGGAUCUGUGUUUGCUUGACUGUCUGACUCCUUCUUGGCCUGAGAUUUAAUAUUCUGCCCCUCUAACAGUCACCACUUCAAGUUUAAUGUUCCAGGUGAAAACAGUGUCAUUGAUGUGACGCUUCAGACCAACCUGCACCACUGAGAGGUAGCAAAUGAAAUCUGAGGAUUAAAAAUUAAAGAGUCUCCAUCUGCUUUUUUUCUCUUUUACAGCUGUGUUUUAGGGUUUAUGAAUUAGGUUUUUAAACAUUACAUUUUAAACUUCUGUAUAGAAGUUUUUUUUACUGCCUGACCCUCUCCACCCCAAAUCCCGCCAGCAGGGUCAAAAGGCACGUUAUCUUAAUAAACUGCAAAAAUUAUACUAUUUGUCAAAGCCAGAAAUUCGAAAGAAAUAAUCAUUAGGUUUUCAACCUUCCAACAGUGUUUGAUUAGAUAUUUGGUGAGGUACAGUUCCAUCAGCAAAGUUUAAAAUCAUAGAAUUUACACUGUAGUCACAUUUCAAAAUUUGCCAAAAAUAAAGCGUACCAGAUCCUGUGGAGGAAAAAAUACAUAAAUUCUGCGCUUGUCAUCACAGUUGAGAAGCCAAAACUGACUCAGUAACAUGAUAAAAUUUAAAGUCUUCGGCCGAACUGCAGGCUGUAUUUGCACAGAACACAGAGGACACAAGUGGAAGCAAAAUGAAACUAUAAGUACUUAAAAAUCUAUAGUUUGUAAAGCCACUAUUUUAGUAUCCAGUGUUGGUGAGGGUUAGGGUAAGGGCACUUAAAAAGUUCUACACAUUGGUUCUAGGUUAAAAAAAAACAUUCCUGAGUUGUCUUUGCUUCUCAUCAUAGUUGUGUUGUUUCCAAAGAGCUGCAGAACUUUAUAUUGCAGCGUAAAAGUAGCUCACAGUGAGGAACAUGAGAUGGUUGCAAAAACACCUAGAGCUGCUUUGGGUUGAGAGGGUUUAAGCACUUCUAAGAAGGCUUCACUCCUCAGGCUUCGUCCAGUGUUGGUAGUAGCUACGGAAACACAGUCAAAGCAUUUUAGGAGCUGAAGCUUUUGCCACCAAAGUGAUCUUUCAGUCAAAAAAACAAGACAAUGAUCUUAAGACGUACUGAGAAAAACAACCGUCGUGUCGCCUCUGAGCUUUUCAUACCAUUUGAAUGAGAAUGUACUGAGUCGUGAGGCUGUAAAUGCACCUUUACCACAGCAGCGUACACCUGCAGUAUGCUGACCAGGUGGAGCACACCAUCUAAACAGUCCUGAUGCCAAGCCAAGCAGCAACCUGCCGGGCUGAAAAAUGAAGUGCCAAAAAGUGCAGUUCCGUGAAUGUCCACCUGAGGCUCCAAAAGCGAGUCAAACGCCAUACACAUCCAUGAUAAAAUAUCCAACUUUACAGCAGAAAUAAAUGUGUUUACAGCCUGCUACAAAAACUCUUUUGGUCUCUGUAGCUAGUUUUCCCAUUUGUGGCACCUGUAGGGGGCUACAUUUUUAUAGAAUUUACCCGUUUAUGUUGCACUAUAGCUUGAAGUUAUGCAUAAUUAUGUUAAUCACGCUCCACCUCUCUUCUGCGGCACAGUUAAUGACACAAUUAAUAACACAACACGCCUUGAUCGCUCUGACAGAUCCGUGAUUCAGAAAAGAUAAACUUCUCCCUUGCUACUCAACAGAACUUCUUGCCAUCUCGUGUUCGGGCUGCAGGAAAAGAAGCGUGUCGGUGUUGCAGGUUGGUGCUGCAGGUGUUCAGGGCAGAGUCAGGAAACAGCUCCCCCGUGUGGACAAAGUGUUAACAGUGAAUUUCUGAGCAAGUCACAAGUCAGUACCAGUCAGGAGGUGCUUUGAAUCUAGACAAAACGUGUGUGUUAGUCAUCUAAAAAGGUUGGUUUCUCAAAGAAAAAAAUAUCAACGUGCAGAGAGUUUAAGUGAUCAACAACCCAUCAUUUGUUUGUGUUUUUUCCCCCCAUUGUUGUUGUAAUGCAGUUACAGGUGACCAAUAGAAACAACUGAAAAGCCCCAUUCAAAUGGGAUUUUUUGUCUUUAGAGAUUGGGAUGUUUUAAAAUAUAACAGAUGUUAGUAAUCUGUCACCUCCUCACUAAUAGUCGAUACAACUAAACUCACCUUGUUUAUCCAGUGACCUCACUGCUUCCACCUGAAUGUAAAUCACACCCUUUCUUUUUAAUGUUUUAUUCCUCCUGUUUUUUCCAUCGUCACCAUCAUCAUCCCAUCUGGAUGGGGCUUAAAGUGUGUAUGGAAAAAAAAAAAACCUGUUUAUGAGGUUUUCUUUUUGCUGCGUAAACGACACAAUGUCCUUUUGCUGUCAUCCUUUGGGCUCAACAGCUGCUUCAAAUCUCCCCACUUUAAAAUGCAGAACGUGGCCAAAGAUAAACCAGGUUAAAAAUUUCACUCCAAUUUAAAAGCACCAUGUUGAUCUGAUGCUUGGUUAAGAAAACUCCUCCACAGGCCUUUGUGCUUUGAUCCUAUGCAAAAAUUUUACUGAACUUCCAAAUCAGAAUAUAAAAAUACUACACAUGAGAAUCCUACCUUUGUGUUGAUUUAUAGAGUCUCUGCUUGACGUUUGCUUUUCUGCAGCUGUGGAAACAAAAUACAAGCAACAAGAUGUCUUUAGAAGCAUCUAAUCACAGUUUUUAGGGUUUUUAUGUCUAUUGUUGAUGUACACUGCCGUUAAAAAGUUCGGGGUCACCCAGAGAAUUCCAUGUUUUCCAUGAAAACUCCCACUUUUAUCCAUGUGCUAACAUAACUGCACAAGGGUUUUCUAAUCAUCAAUGAGCCUUUCAGCACCAUUAGCUAACACAAUGUAGCAUUAGAACACAGGAGUGAUGGUUGCUGGAAAUGUUCUUCUGUACCUCUAUGGAGAUAUUCCAUUAAAAAUCAGCUGUUUCCAGCUAGAAUAGUCAUUUACCACAUUAACAAUGUCUACACUGGAUUUAUCAUUCAUUUAAUGUGAUCUUCACUGGAAAAAAACUGCUUUUCUUUCAAAUAAGGACAUUUUUCAGUGACCCCAAGCUUUUCAACGGUAGUGUAUAUAUCCAUUCAGUAUGAAUCAUAAAAGCUGCUGUUUUUUAUCAGAGCAACAUGGGAGUAAAUGCAGAUAAGCAACAGAUCUUUAAAUGAAACCUAUGUGUGUUUUAAGAAACAUCCUCAGAGAUGUUUUAUCCUGCAGCUACAAACCACAUGGUGGGGCCAAAAGUAUGUGAAAAGUUUCGUCCUGGUACUGAGUCACAAAACCUAAAAAUCCUGCUUUUCAGAAAGCUGACCACAGGGUCGAACCAUCUCAUGGUGCUUCUGAGUUUAGCAGAAAUCUACUGGAUAAUAUUUGAAUGUUUCUCAAGUUGUCAUUAGAUGCUUGUAAUGAAAUCUGCAGUUGUUUCCAGCCUGCUCUGUGUUUUUUCUCAUCAUAUUGUUUUAGAAUAAAUGCUUCUUUCUUGCUGCUUUCUUCUGCUCAGUUAGUCAGAUUGAUGUCGCUCCCAGGUCUGUAUGGUAAAUAUGAGCAGCUGGUUAGCUUAGCUUAGCAUUCAGACUGGAAACUGGCUCAGUAGAUCUUACUAUCAGCAGCUGUAGGGCUCACUGAUGUACAUGUUGUAUCUAAGUUCUUUAAUCUGAAGUGUGAAACCACCACAUGGUUGAGCCAGACCUGGGAAUGCUUCAGUCUUUCUGUCUAAAUAAGAAAACGUGUUCCCCAAAGGGUCAAACCCUUGCUUUAAAAUGACAAAGAUGAAAGUCAGUUUACACUUUUUGUUGCCAACAAAUUGUUUCUUCACAUUUCCAUGUUGCUCUUGAAAUGACGACAAAUGAUCUUGUUGGACGAACUCAUCAUCAUUAGGCCUUAAAAAUUGUGACUUUUAUACAAACAAAUUGCUUUACAUUUAGAUUUUUACCUUGUUUUACCUUAAACUGCCUUUUAUUUUAACUGAAAUCUUCAUUUUGACCUUAAAAUCUCAAGAUGUUUUGUUUUCUGGUUUGGGCAAAAAUCUCACUUUCAAACUGUGAAUCCCAGUCGUAUCUUUCAGCUCUGAGGUUUAUUUUGCCGUUGAGGUGAACAAAUGUAAGACUUAGCACUUUGUUUGAGGAAAAAGAGGGAAUGUUAGCGUAGCAUUGUCAUAUUAACUGAACCUAAUCAUCAGUCAGUCAGUCUGAGAGGAAACUGGUUGGUUGGACGAAUCAGAAGGAAGAAAAGUUUGUUCAGAUCCGACGACACUGCUGUAACACACUUGAAGUUUUUUCUUUGUGACUGCUGUACUAAUGACAUGAAUUGUAAUCCAGUUGUAUUAUAGUAUAUAUUGUAGUAUAUUUGGACCUGUACAGAAACACAAUUGUUCAGUUUCUUCAGUUAAUUCUCUUUUGUUAACUUCUCUCUGGUUUGCUAAUAAAAUAUUGAUGAUACACGGCUUCAACAUCGCUGUUUGCAUGUGUGAUGAAUUUUCAACCCCAACAAUAAAAUCACUUCCUUCA